CCAAAAAACUAUUAAAAAACCUUAUAAUAAAGGGGAAAUAGAAUCGAAAAAGUUCACAUCCCAAUUUCCGUAGCCCCUGAUCGCGUAGUUCACCCUCCACCCUUGCAUGUGAGACCCGCAAACGACCCUCUCCGGUCCCUGGUCGAUCCAAUGAAAAUGGAAGAUCCCACCAUAAACGACACGUACGUGCAGGAGUUCGAUCUGCACCACUUGGAGGUGGGCGUCAACGGAAACGGAAAUGGAAACGGAGCUGGCCCCGCCCACGGUGGCUCGUCACAGGUGACCACCAUUGGGCAUGUAAAGCGCGAGGAUCACAGUCCACCGCAACCGGUGGCGGUCAAGUGGACGACGAUCCACGGGGAACCCGCCAAUCCGGAGGACGAACCCGAUUCGCUGCCCCUCUCGGGACCAGAGCCCGCCGGAGCCGUGGAGGUCUCGCCGUCGCCGCACAUCAAGCUGAGGUCCUUCUCGGGCCACCACCAGUGGCACAUGGACGAACGGCGCCUGCAGCCACUCUCCCCGCCGCCGGAGCAAUAUGGUCCGUUGCCCGGACAGGCGAUCCUGGUGAAUACAUCCUCGGGAGCGGCGGGAGCGGGUGUGCCGGGCGGAGUGCCCUCAACGCCGCCGGAAACGCCACCCGUGGUGGGUUCGCCCACGGGCAGCAGCAGUUGUCCAGCUCAGACCUAUGCCCACCAUUACGCCAGGACUCCGGGCAGUUCCGCCUCUGCAGCCGCCGCCGCCGCCUCUGCAGCCGCCGCCGCCGCCGGAGCAGCCUCGGUGGGUGCCGGCCUGAGCCACGACAUGAUGUGGCUGACCAACUCGAUACGGGCGGAGCAACAGCCGCUGGACCUGCGACCCCUGCCCUAUCCGGGCUCCCAGGAGGAGGCGGAGGAGUGGGACAGGCAGCGGGAUUAUGCUUUGCAGGCGGCGGCUGCUCAUCACCAUCACCACGGACAGCCGCUGAUGCAGGCGCAGCACCAUCAUCAUCCGCACGGCGGACAUGGCGGUCAUCCGCACCAGGUGGUGCUGCAGCAGGGCAAAUAUCCGCACCACCAUCACCACCACUUUCACAAUCUGGAUUUGACGCCCAUCAAUAUGCACUCGAAUUCGUAUGGCGCGGCUCCGGGCGCCCUGACGCCCACCUGCCUGCCCCAGGUGCCCAGCAAUGGGAGUGGCAGCAGCGGAGGAGGCGGCGGAGGAGGCAGUGGUAGUGGAGGUCCUGGCAGCGUGGGUGGCGGAUCCUGCGUGAUCACCCGUGCUGCCCUGCAACCCUGCCGUCCCCUCUCCGCCAGCUCGACCAGAUCCUCGAACAACAUGUCCCCGAGAACCUGCUCGGGUGCCUACAGCAAUGCCACGCUAGAGGAUUGCCUCAACGACGACAUGCUGACCACGCUGACGGUGCGGGAGCUGAACAAGCGACUCCACGGCUGCCCGCGCGAGGAGGUGGUGCGUCUGAAGCAGAAGCGGCGCACCCUGAAGAAUCGCGGCUACGCCCAGAACUGCCGGUCCAAGCGACUCCAUCAACGCCACGAACUGGAGAAGGCCAAUCGGGUGCUCAACCAGGAUCUGCACCGCCUCAAGGUGGAGUACUCGAGGGUCUGCCAGGAGCGGGAUGCCCUCAUGCAGCGCCUGCAGCGCGUGGGCGCCGCCAAUGGGGGAGGAGGAGGUGCCUCCGCCGGUGGCGGCGACAGCCAGAGCUCCCCGGAAUUCUACCUCUGACGCCAACUGGCGGUGGCCAGCGGCUCCUCCGCAUCCUCGUCCUCCUCCUCGCAGCAGCAGCACCACCAGCAACUCCAUCUCCAGCACCGGGGUCCGCAGUGGAAUCCCCAGCAGGUGGUCAACUAAGUGGAAGAAAAAAGGUUCCGGGUGUAAGGUAUUUCCCCAAAGAGUUGGCAGUUUCCAGAGGUUUUCUUAGGUAUAAAUUGAUACAAUUCC